UGAGAGACCUGCUCAAAACACUGGGAGACAGUUGACUCUUGUACAUGUUGAAAUUUGGUGACAGAACGAAGAGAAAAAGAGGAAAUGAGUCUUUCCGAUGUCGCGUCUCCUGUUUUAGUGAGUUUUCUAGCAUAGCACCGCUGGAGGACAACACAACGAGGUGAGAUGAGGGACCGACUGUGUGAGCUGCAGACCUUCACCCCCAUGCCUGCAGAGGAGGAGCGCAGGCCCGCGGAGAACCACAACCACACCGCUGACGAUGAGGAGUAUCUGGAGCAACAUGCCAUCGUGUUUGAGGGAGAAGACAUGAUGGAUGGCAUCUACAAGGAGGCCCAGGCGAUGAGGAAGGAGAUGCUGCUGCUCAAAAUGGACGUGAAGCGUCUUGGGAAGCAAAACACCAGGUUCCUCACGUCCGUCAGGAGGAUAAGCAGCAUCAAACGGGACUCCAGCGCUCUGGGACGGGACAUCAAGGCCAGAGGGGAGGCCAUUUAUGCACGGUUGGAGAAACUGGGGAAGCUGACCAAGGACCUGGAAGAGGAGCACGGGCCUACCUCAGCUGUAGCCCGCAUGGUGCGUUCACAGUAUGUGUCUCUGACCAGGGCCUUCCACGAUGCCAUGUCUGAGUACAACGAGACUGAGAUGGUCCAGAGGGAGAACUGCAAGACCCGCAUCCAGAGACAAGCGGAGAUCAUGGGCAAGGAGGUGAGCAGGGAGCAGAUAGACGAGAUGAUCGAGACGGGCAAGUGGAACGUCUUCUCGGAUAAUCUUCUCCAGGAAGGAAAGACUGCCAGGUCUGCUCUCAGCGAGAUCGAGAACCGGCACAAGGAACUCCUGGAGCUGGAGGGCCGCAUCAGAGACAUUCAUGAGCUUUUCUUCCAGAUGGCCACGCUGGUGGAGGAGCAGGGCUGCAUGCUGGAUAACAUAGAAGCAAAUGUCAGUGCAACUCAGGACUACGUCAUCAAGGCUUCAACUCAGAUCAAGAAGGCUGUGAAAUACAAGGAAAACAAUCCAUGCAAGAAACUCUUUUGCUGUUGCUUCCCUUGCUGCAAUUGAGACAUCAUCAGUCUUUUUUUUUUCUCAGUGACAUCAAAAUACUGAGAUUAGAUUCAAAUCAGCUUCCUACGCAAAGAUGCCUGUAAUAUUUUGUUUUAGUUUGUGUAUUUAUUGAGCUCUAAUGAAGCAGUGAGUCAAUUUUAAAUUAAGCAGCAGAAGUGCCCAGUUAUUAUUAUUUUCUCUACUGAACUGGUCUGAGAAAAAGGUCUGGUGUAUUUUGAAACCACACAUUCGUAUGCAAAUAUGCACAGUGCGAUAUGGGUGUUAUGUUUCCUGAUUGUUACUGAGACCAGCCUUUGCAAGAUAACUGUAAAGACAUCUAGGCUAUUAUUUUAUGCAUAACUCCAAGCCUUCUUGUUCUUAAACUUUCAGCUUUGUACGUUUGUAAGUUGUUCUAUGAAAUAUUUAAGUGAUGUAAAGUAUAAUUUACUUAGAAAUAAAUGCCUUAGAGUGGCUAGUUUUGACAGCCUGAAUGUAAGUCUAUAGCUAAGCUUGAAACUGGAACUGAAAGCAGGACUUUUUCUUAUUACAGCCAUUGCUUAACACCUCUUUAGAAAUACAGUAAAUACAACACACACACACACACACACACAGCUUUCGAUUGCGUUCAGCUUGGGAGGCAAGAUAGAUAGGUGUGGACCGUACAACUUCAUUCUGGCCUCCCCCGUGUAGAGUUAUCACCAGCUAUAAGCCAGGGCUUUCUCAAGACUCGCCUCCUGUUUUCAGUGAUGAAACUGACUGAGCGUUAAUCCCAUGUUUCCCUGUAGCUGUUAAUGAUCACACACUGGCACACACACCCAAAGUCAAUCAUAUUUGCAUUAUAGGGCAGGUUUCUGAUUUUUCCACAUGUACAUAUUUGUUCAUUCAGGCAGUGUGACAACAACAGGGAGAAUGGGAAACUAAUCAGGUCAGAGGACCUUCUGUUUGCACAGCAGGCUUCGCUCUCUUGUCCUGUAAUGAUAGUCAAAUCAAAAAGACCUUUAUUUUCCUGUGUGUGAUACUGGGGGAAUCCCAGUUAACGUCUGGUAAACUGAAGCUGAGAGGCUCUGUGACUGAGACCAUUAUACAGUAAAGAAGGACACUGCUGAGACAUAACUGCCUCUGCUCAGUGUUGAAACGGGUGUGCAAUGAUUGCACUUCCUCAGCAGAGCUGUGCGGUCUGUGGGGGCAUUUACUGGAAGCAUGACUGGCUUUAUUUGCACUGUAGCGUCGUGGCUUUGUUCAGGUAGACAUACCUGAGAUCAUUAUGUCAGUCUUGUCUUUUAAUGAUCCUCGCAAUCUCUGGGAGGACUAGUGUACCGACCAGGAUGGCCGAGUGGUUAAGGCGUUGGACUUAAGAUCCAAUGGACAAUAGUCCUCGUGGGUUCGAACCCCACUCCUGGUAGAAGGCGGAAAUUUUAAGCUGAAAACCUGCGGUGGAAGAGAGGGGUAGUUUGGUUGCGAGAUCUCAGGUGACGUGGAAUUUCGUCAAAUGUGACUUGCUGUCCCCCGUUGCUCCUGUCAUGCUGUCAGUUUGUCAGAAAAACGUUUCUGUCUGAGUUACCACUGAUUUGGAAGCGCAAACAUGUCUGUCUUAUUUACAUGCCGCUGGUCCGUUCACAUGGGAACGAUUGUCAGGCUCGUGUGUGGUUCAAAGAGUCAUGCAGUGAUUGCUAAUUCUAGCAACGUGUUCAUCGUUUAAUCUUAUUUUAGUAACACACACCACAGACGAUUAACAAAGCUUCAUAGGAUCGGAAACCGCAAAGGGGGAAACACCCCGACUCCGGUGAUAUAUUUGGUUUCCCUUUGUGAGGGGGGGUUUUGGGGUAAAUAUAUUCAGCACAUUUCAGUGUGUAUCUCGUCCUUGAAUUAUGAUCUGAAUGCGUAAUCUAGUCCCAGUGUAAACAAAACGGGUGGCCAAAUAACGAAUAUUAAAAUGAUUGUCUUUCCUCCUAUGUUGACUGUUUGACAAGUAUUUGAACAAGAGCUAGAACAAAAAAACAGCUAAAUGUAGUCAUUGAUUCUGUACGAGGUUUCCUUACAUCAGUUAUGAUUGUCAACACAAGCCAAAAUAAAUAAAUAAAAGUAAAGGUGCGGCCUAUAAUUUACUUUUACACCAUUAGAAAUAUUUUAAAUACUUAUAGUUUCUGUAACUUUUCAGUAACACUGGAAAACCAUUAUAGUAACAACUGAUUUGGCCUCUAUUGCAUUUACCUUGGCUGUAUAUAUCCAACACAACAAGACAAAACUAAAUCACAGAUAAUCCAUCACAGCGGAGGAAUACUGCAACACAAGGGCGUAGGUUUGGUCUGAACAUAGGGACGCAACAACCCCGCCACCCCUCCAAAACAAAGAGAUUGGCUUUUUA